GCGGUAUAAAUAAUCGUUGGCCUGCUCAUUCCUCCAUUUCCGACUCUCUCCGAGAGGGAGAGGAAGCGGAGAUGGUGGACUCAAAAGGAAAGGGAAAGGAGAUUGCCGAAAAGUCUUCUUCCGGCAAUAGGAAGUCCUCACGUCCUCCCGACGACCAAGCAUCUGGUUCUCGAAAACACAGGCAGUCCGGGUGAAAAAUUCAAAUAAAAUGAUUUAUUUUUUUAUGUCAACCCUCUAAUUGGAUGUAAUAAUGCCAGCGCUGUUGUGUUUGCAACUUUGCACAAGUGAAGUGCACUUCAUUGCAUGCCUCCCACUUUUGCAAGAUUAAUUGAGGAUGACUCUUCUUAUGGUGCUGCUUUGAACACUUCAGUUGGUUGUUACCAGGAUAUAGAGGUUCUUAAGGACAGUUAUUGAAUGUUUCUUCACAAUGGUUGGCAUGCAUUUGUUGAGCAUCAUUCUUUACAAUUCGGGGACUUUCUUGUUUUUUGAUAUGAUGGUGAUAUGGAAUUUGAUGUUAAAAUAUUUGAUAGAAGUGGAUGUGAGAAAAUUUGUUUCAAACCAGUUCAAAUGGAUGAUAAGAAAUUCAUCCCGUGUAAUCCAAAGAAGAAUGUCUCUCAAGCAGAUGGUUAUAUGUGCAACCCUGAAGUACCAAGAAGUGAAUGUGCUAAGGAGGUUGCCCAAGACAGUUGUUAAUGGUCGAGGCAAAAAUGUAGUUCUUCCAAGAAUUUUGUAGUUAAGGUAUAAGUUUAAAGUAAUUGAAAGUUGUUGAACUUUUGCUUCAUUUAUAUUUGUAAUUUGAAACCUUAUGUUAUUAUAUCAACAAUAUUGUGAAUAUUAAGAUGUUAAUUAUGCAUAGUCUGGUAUUUGUGUUGGGAUCACAGUAAUGGCCAACAUUUGUAUCUUAGUGUAAGCUUGAUUUUAGCAGGGUGCAUAUGUUCUUGAUAUGACUUCUCGUAGAGAUCCGUUAAAGUCAAAGAUGUAAUCUGGAACUGCAAUAAAUGGAUCAAGCAUGCCUCAGGAGGCUAUUUCCUUAGAAAUAACUCCUCCUAGUUUUAUGAUUACAAUGUCAACUUCAAGCAUUAACAAAUGCUGAGUUGAAAUGACUUUUAACGGAUCUCUAUGAGAAGUCAUAUCAAGAACAACUGCACCCUGCUAAAAUCAAGUUUACACUAAGAUAUAAAUGUUGGUUAUCACUGUGAUCCCAACACAAAUAUUAGACUAUGCAUAAUUAACAUCUUAAUAUUCACAAUAUUGUUGAUUUAAUAACAUAUGGUUUCAAAUUACAAAUAUAGAUGAAGUAGAAGUUUAACAACUUUCAAUUACUUUAAACUUAUAACUUAACUACAAAAUUCUUGAAAGAAUUACAUUUUUCUCUUGACCUUCGACAACUGUCCUGGGCAACCUCCUCAGCACAUUCACUUCUUGAUACUUCAGGGUCCCACAUAUAACCCUCUGAUUGAGAGACACUCUUCUUUGGAUUACACGGGAUGAAUUUCUUGUCAUCUAUUUGUAUUGGUUUAAAACAAAUUUUCUCACAACCACUUCUAUCAAAUAUUUUAACAUCAAAUUGCAUAUCACUGUCAUAAUGGAAAACAAGAAAGUCCACGAAUUGUAAAGAAUGAUGCUCAACAAAUGCAUGCCAACUAUUGUGAAAAAACAUGCCAUAGCUGUCGUCUAAAUGCCCUCAAAGUGGGUUUGAAACACAAACCACAUUACAGGUAUAGAAAUGGUCCAUAAGUGUUUUUCUCUUGGAGGUGUUGGUAUAUGCCACAUGAAUGUAUAACAUGAGGAACUUCAAAAACUGAUAAAAAUCUUUUGAGGCCAUCUUGCUUUCAACGGUUGAUGUUUUUAGCAUAUGCGAAACAUAAUGCAGAAAAUGAAAACAGAUAGAAAGAACAGAGCAGUGUUCAACGACAAACCUAAACAAGUUAUUAAGCAUGAGUACUAUUCAUUUACCAGUCUAAUUUCUUUAUGUGCUCUUUUAAAUGCAUUUACCCCUUUUAAAAGCUCCAGCUGUGGUCAUUCCACACCCACCUACCGCACCAUCGCCCCAACCAACAUCAGUCCAGCAACCACGCGGUGGGCUCAAUGCUGGCCAUGGCGAACACAUAUGGCUUAUAAUCCAGGUUUUGUACAAAGGCUAAGAUGAGCAAGAGAUAUCCGCACCCUUACUCGAGCUCAGCCCCCUUGGACCUGUUUGCAGCCAUUCAAUCUACAUGUGUUGCCGCUAUCACAGAUUGGGAUCCAUGUGCAUGGGAGCUUCGUUGGGAUGUCAACCUUUUGACGAUCAUCUAUACGGGCAUACUGGUAUCAGGCUUGGUUGUGGCUCUCAUUUCAUGGGCUAUUCAGAUGAGAGGACCACUGUUUGUCUCAGCUUUCAACCCCUUGUCCCUUGUCACUGUUGCCUUUUUUGGGUCCAUGUUUCUUGAUGAGGCUCUUCAUCUAGGAAGUGUGGUUGGUGCUGGAUUGAUCAUCUUGGGACUGUACACUGUGCUGUGGGGCAAAGGGAAAGAGGUGAAGGAACUUAUCCAGCUUCAGGCACACAGAUCUGCUGCAGAGGCAACUAAACUGGAUUCAGAUGGUUUGCACUCGACAGGUGCAGGCAUUGGUGCGAAUCAAGUGCCAAAGCACAGCAUAAAAGAAGAUCAGAUAGACAGUGUUCAGUUGUAGCUAAUUGAGUCAGGAGCAUGCAGCUCUCACAGCCAAUUUUUCCAUGCACUUAAGAAGAGUCCAGCAUUAAGCAUUAGCAUGUAAGGAAAGAGAUGCUAAACAAGAGUUAUAAAUGAGCCAAUAUCUUGUUUGCAA